ACUUAUUUAUUUAAGUGUUUGCUACAUUCGGGUGGUGAUUGGGUUUAUAGGUAGAUAUAUAUUACAUAUAUAUAAGACAUGGGCGCAACGUGUUACAAUAUUUAGUUCACAAUAUGCUGUUGGUCACAACCAUCGUCCUUUGGGCUUCACUGAGCCAUGCGUCUGGCUACAGCAAGCAGUUCCCUCCAGGAUUCAAGUUCGGAGCCGCCACAGCUGCAUACCAGGUCGAAGGAGCUUGGAAUGUCAGUGACAAGGGAGAAUGCAAAUGGGACCGCCUGACCCACAGAUACCCUGACCUGUUCUUAAACCACGACAAUGGUGAUAACGCCUGCAAGUCCUAUUACUACUGGAGGAGAGACAUUGAGAUGGCUAGCGAGUUAGGUCUACAGUUCUACAGGUUCUCCAUCUCCUGGCCUCGUCUCCUGCCGACUGGUCUAGUGGACGAGAUCAGCGAUGACGGCAAGAACUACUACAACAACCUGAUCGACGGUCUGCUAGAGAAGGGAAUCGAACCUGUAGUCAGUAUCUACCAUUGGGAAAUGCCACAAUUACUGCAGGAUUUGGGUGGUUGGGCCAAUCCCAAGAUCGCAGAUUGGUUCGCUGACUACGCGAGGGUGGUGUUCACUCUCUUCGGAGACCGUGUGAAGAUCUGGCUGACCAUCAACGAGCCUAUUGUGGAAUGCGACUAUUACUACGGCCAGGCUAUCCUAGCUCCACAGCUGGACUACUAUGUGGGACCCUAUAUGUGCAAUAAGAAUCUACUAUUGUCCCACGCCAGGGCUUACCGAGUUUAUGAUGAGGAGUUCCGUCAUAAAUACCAUGGAAAAGUCUCAAUCGUGAACCAUCUUCUGUGGCUGAAAGCUUAUUCUUCUGAAUAUGAAGAGGAGGCAGAAGUUGCAAGACAGUUCCUUACCGGUCGCUACGCUCACCCCAUAUAUUCCAAGAAGGGAGGCUGGCCAUCAGUGGUAGAGAAAACAGUCGCGAAGGCCAGUAAAAAACAGGGCUUCAGAGAGUCAAGACUACCAGCCUUUACUGAAGAAGAAAUUGAGUUGGUUAGAGGAACCUAUGACUUCUUCGCAAUGAACCACUACACCUCUCGCCUGGUGAGGACUGCAGAGCCUGACGAGGACGUCGUGAAGACUUUGUUCACGUAUGUCCCUGAUGCUGACCUGGUUCUGGACACUGAUCCUGCUUGGACUUACGGUUACUCCGAGGCUAUGCCGAUAUACCCUCAAGGUUUAAGGGAGCAGCUGGAAUGGGUGAGGAAGCACUAUGGAGACAUGGAUAUCUUCAUCGCGGAGAACGGCUACUCCUCGGGAGGAUCCAACCUGGAUGACGACGCUAGAAUCUCAUUCAUCAGAUCUUACUUAGACGAGGUACUGUUGGCUAUCGAGGAGGGUAUCAAUGUAACUGCAUACACAUACUGGUCUCUGAUGGACAACUUCGAGUGGACCAGUGGAUAUGGAACCAAAUUCGGAUUAUACGAAGUAGACUUCACAGAUCCGCAUCGCAAACGCACAGCGCGCAAAUCUGCGCGUUACUAUGCAGAUCUUAUCCAAAACAGAUCUCUUGCGGUAUUAGCGGUGGCAUCUUCUACUAAAAUUCCAUUUCCACCUGGAUUCAAAUUCGGGGCAGCCACUGCAGCAUACCAAGUGGAAGGUGGCUGGAAUCUUGAUGGGAAGUCCGAAUGUAUAUGGGACCGCUUCGUUCAUGAACACCCGGAGAGGAUCGAUGACAGAAGCACUGGAGACGUCGCCUGCGACUCCUACCACAAAUGGAGGAGAGACAUUGAGAUGGCUGAGGAACUGGGGCUGGACUUUUAUAGGAUCUCCCUAUCUUGGCCUCGCAUACUCCCGUCUGGUUUCCCCAACCACGUCAACGAGGCUGGCAUAGCGUACUACAACAACCUGAUCAAUGGGCUCCUGGAGAAGGGGAUCGAGCCGCUCGUCACAAUACAUCACUUCGAUCUGCCGCAGUCUCUUCAGGACCUUGGUGGAUGGGCAAACCCCCUGAUAGUGGACUGGUUUGAAGACUACGCGAAAGUGGUAUUCACUCACUUCGGGGACCGCGUCAAGUUGUGGCUGACUAUCAACGAACCAGUAAUUCUUUGUGAAGCUUUCUUCAAUGCUGAGGUAUUUCCACCUGCCUUCAUCAGUCCAGAUCUUGGAGUCUACUUGUGCAGUAAACACGUAAUGCUAGCCCAUGCUAAGGCCUGGCGAGUGUAUGACAAACUGCUGAAGCCUAAAUAUCAUGGAAGGGUCUCGCUAGCCACCCACGUAACAUCCUUUGAACCUUUGCGUCCAGAGUAUGAAGAACUCACGGAGUUGACCAGACAAAACUUUGCAGGAAGGUACUCCCAUCCAAUCUACUCCAAGCUAGGGGGAUGGCCUCCCGCUUUAGAGAAGGCUUUAGCAGAAGUCAGCUUGAAAAGAGGAUACUCCAGGCCUCAGCUGCCACCGUUCACGCAAGAAGAAAUCGAACUUGUCAGAGGAACCUACGACUUCUUCGCUAUGAACCAUUACACCAGUCGUCUGAUGCGCCCGGCUACAGAAGGAGAGAAGUUCACGCCGUGGCCACUCGGAGACGUGGAAGACCUCAAUGGCAUCAUCGUGAGGAGAGCUGAUUGGGCGCAAGCUGCUACCUCUUGGUUCUUUGUAAACCCUGAGGGUAUGCGCAAGAGCCUCGUCUGGCUGAAGCAGCAGUAUGGAGACAUAGAAUUCAUGAUCACGGAAAACGGGCUGGCGACAAAAUCAGGACUAGAUGAUCAGGACAGAGUCCAAUAUUAUCGGGAUUAUUUGGAGCAGAUGCUGCUAGCCAUCAACGAGGAUGGUGUGAACGUCACCGCAUACACUGCCUGGACUCUCAUGGACAACUACGAGUGGAACAAUGGAUACACAGUGAAAUUCGGUCUAUACGAAGUAAACUUCACAGACCCGGAACGCACGCGCACGCCGCGUGCGUCUGCGCACUACUACGCUAACAUUAUAAGGACACACUCUCUCGAUGUACCUACUACGAGUAUACAACUGUAAUUUAUUUAAGAAUGACCUGGUAAUUAAUGCUGUUAAAUACUGGGUACAUGUUGAAGUAAAAUGAUAAGAAUUAGCACUU